UAUGGUAAAACAAAGGCACUAACUAAACUGGUAAAACUUUGAAUGCUUUACAAAAAAAAAUCAAAAAAAAUCAUGCUCAUAUUUUACCUAAGUAGGUAUGUUUGAAACCAAAGGAGCUGCAGUAAUUUUAAAAAGAACAAAAUUGAAAAAAAAAGUUCAACUUGCUAAGAAGAAGGGCAUCCUAAUUGCUGGAGAGUGGACAUUUUUUUUGAACUCGUCUGAGCGAGAUGAAACAUACAAAAAUAUAUUACCAGCGCAAAUUUCAGGUGUUAAAUUGAAGUGGAUUUUUCAUUAUUUUUGGUGAAUUUAUGAAAAACAAAUAAAUGGAGAAAAAAAAUCAAAAUUGCAUUACUUGCUUCAACCUAGGCACGCUACGCGCGUGCGCCGCUCGCCAACCGACUGUUGAGUGUAUUACGUAUAUUGUAAUCAUCUUACCUAUGUAAUUUCUCAUUCACUUUAUCGCACUCGUCGAAAGUACAUUCGCGUGUAUUUAUUAUUCAAAUAAAAAACCCUUAUAAUUUCAAGAAAGGACUCGGGUAUUUAUUUCAAUUUUGUACCAGAUUUGAUGGGGAUUUUCUCCUUGUUUCAGAUAUUUGAUAAGGUACCUAAUGUUAUACCUAGUCAGCGCACGUUUCGUUUUUCUUAUCCGUGAAUUUUCAGCGAGUGCUUGAUUUUUCACUUCAAACCGCAUUUUGCAAUACUUUUCAAGUUGAAAUUUUCCAAUAAUACCAAAUAAAGAAAAAUUGACCAACACAAGACGCAGCCAUUUUGAAUAACAAGUAGGUUUAAGUCGUCUGAUUUUGUUGAAAAAAAAAAAUACAAAAUUGAAGAAAAUGGCAAUAGGUACCUGAGUAUCUAUACGUACCUGCCGCAAGAAUUAUCAUACUGAUCUUUGAAACAGGCAGUUCUUAGAGUCAGGCAAUCAAAUUAGGUACCUAAAAUAAGCAUGCGUCUCAACACAUGGAUGCGAGCAGUGGUCGCCUUUACUGCGAUAAUUUUGCUUCACGCCGCUUACAGUUUUUUUUGUCUCAACAAAUCUGUUAUCUCUCAAACGGAAUCGACAAAAACCGAGCUCCAAAUAAAGCCAGAUAAACAAAUUGUCCAGCAACAUCACCAAAACAUAUUGUUUUUGAAAACACACAAAUGUGCCAGUAGCACUGUACAAAAUAUCUUGAUGCGAUUCGGUUUAAAACACGAUUUAAAUUUCGCUCUACCAAAAAAAACCAACUACCUGGCGUAUUUCGGAAAUUUUUCAGAAUCUGUGCUGCUAGCUCCUGCAACAAAAACUGGACAGAAGUAUAACAUGUUAGUACAUCACACUCGAUAUCGGAAAUUUUUGAAAAACAUAAUGCAUAACGACACCAUCUCGAUAACCAUACUUAGAGAACCAUCGAGUCGAUUUGAAUCUUCAUUUCAUUUUUACCUCUUGAACAAAAGAUAUGGGAAAAAUUUCACCGAAUUUUUGAAUUUCUUACCUCGGACGAAAAACGGAAUUUCUCAAAUAUACGAUAAAUUUGAUAGAGAUGCCGAUUCUGCGCAUACAAAAUUUGAUCGAAAUCAGAUGAGUUUCGAUUUAGGCCUAUCAAGGGAUUCUUUUCAAAAUAUUACGAAAAUUAGACAAUUUAUCAAUGAAAUAGAUCGAGAAUUUGAUUUUGUCAUGAUAUCGGAGUAUUUAGAAGCAUCCUUGGUAUUGCUGGCCAAUUUGUUGAGAUGGCCUUUACAUUAUGUGGCAUUCUUAUCCCUCAAUUCUAGACCUGAUGUAAAGAAGUAUAAAUUGUCCGAUAUGGAAAAAGAAAAAUUGGUGCAAUUCAACUACGCUGAUUUUUUACUUUAUAAUCACUUUUUGAAAAAAUUCAACGAUUGUGUGUUGCAAUAUGGCGUCGAUUCGUUAAAAAAAGAUGUCGAGAAAUUGAAACGAAUCAAUAAUGAAAUCAAGGACAAAUGCGUGAUACAAGAACUAGAAAAAGGUUAUAGAAACACUAUAAGUUAUAAAUUGAAAACAGAUGAUUGGAUUUGUACUCAUAGUGCUAAAUCAGAACUUCAAUUCACUCAAGAGUUAAGGGACGUACACAUGGCACGAUUAGAAGAACCAUAACAUUUAGGUAUAAGUUGAUAAGCUAUUCGACAUUAACAAUAGGACUUGAGACAACGUAUUAAUUUUGAAAAAUCAAUAAAUUCAAAAAAACUGUUUAAGGGCGAUUUUCAUACUUUUUCAUGAAACUCUCACACAUUAAACUGCAGUUUUGGGUAUUCUGGAGCCUCCAGUGAUUUCUAAUUUUCUGCAAAAGUUUCAAAUCACUAUACCUAGAAGGUCAUGAGAACACACAAAAUAAGACCGGAUCAAAGUAAUAAAUGUUGAAAUUUAUUUUUAUGCUUUCCAGAGUGAUUUGAAAUUUCUGGAGAGAGUAAAAAAAAAUCGCUGGAGGCUCCAGAAUGGCCCAAAACUGGUAUGUAGUGUAAGUACGUACUUACACUGAUGUAUGGGAGUUAAAUUUAGGAAAUUAUUCACAUUAAUUCUCUUUGCUAGUAAAAUCUCCUUUCAUGAAAAAGCUUGAAAAUCGCCAGUAAUACUGCAGCUUUUUGAAGUUUUUAAAUUCUCAAAAAUUCGUCGAAAGUUCAAAAAUGAACCUGAACCCAUGAAAUUUUAAUUACAAAAAUGUUUUAGAACACGUUCGCUUUCGAUCUAUACCCCGAUUUCGUUCAAAUCGGAGGGUGUAACUUUGAAAGGAUUCUCAAAGGCCAGUUGAUUUUCCUUUUUCAGAAUCAAACUUUCUAAAAAUCUAUUACCUAUUUGAACUCAAAAAAAUUUUUAAAACCAAAAAUGAACUCCUUACACAGAAAAUGCGAGAUUUUGAGAGCUUUUGUCAUCACGUACUUCGCUCGAGUCUUUUUGCUUUUCUUUUUUAAAACUGAAAUUUCUAAAAAAAAAACAUUCAAAUUUUGAAAUUUUUAAGCUAAAAAAAACAUUCAAAUUUUGAAAUUUUUAAGCUAAAAAAAUCAAUCUCCUCCCAUAUAAACAUUGUUCUUUCACUUAUCAAAAUAAGAAUUUUCUGUUGUGUUCACUCAUCUACCUCUUUAAUAAA